AUGGCUGCAGCUCUGGUGAGGCCAGCAUUUCUCUCUGCUUCUGUGAAAAAUUUGAUAGAUAGAAUCACCUCAAACGAGUUUCGAGAUUUCUUGAGAAAUAGAAAGUUGAAAGUCUCUCUCUCAGGUGGGCUGAAGGUAACUCUAUUGAUGCUUGAAGUAGUUCUUAACGAUGCAGAGGAGAAGCAAGUCACCAAUGGUUCAGUCAAAGAAUGGCUUGAAGAGUUGAAAGAUGCUGUUUUCGAUGCAGAGGAUUUAUUUGAUGAAAUCAACACUGACUUCCUGAGAAGUAAGUUGGAACAAGAUUCUCAAAACGUCGAGAAUAAGGUGCACUCCUUCUUUUCUUCUUCUUUUGGAAAAUUUUACUAGGGGAUGAACUCCAAGCUCGAAGCAAUAUCAAGUAGGCUUGAACACUUUGCCAAGCAGAAGGAUAUCCUUGGUUUGCAAAGUGUUAGCUCAAGGGGAAUUAAAAGAGCUACAACAUCAUUGGUAAAUGAAUCUGCUGUGGUUGGCAGAGAGGAUGAUAAGGAAAAACUUUUGAACAUGCUGUUGUUUAAUGAAGAUGCAAAGGACAAUG